UAAUUUAGCGUAGCCAUGUUUAGAGCACUGAGCACACGAAGAGAUUAUAGCGGAUAUGAUGAAUUGAUUAAAGAGGAGGCACCAUCAACUCCACUAGUAGAGCCAAAAUUGAACCGAAACAGAAGCGUUUCGGCAGCUAAAUUUUUUAGUCCAUCAAGAAAGGUGACGACGCCGGAGCAGAAUUUUCCGAUGAGUCCUCAAGUGAAUAAGGAGGCAAAAAAAGCGAGCAAAAUUCACCCGAUAUUCAGUCUAUUCGAAACGAAGAAGAAGAAGAAGGCAACUGCUAGGCCGGAAUUCUCGAGGUACAUUCAGUAUGUUAGAGAAGGAGGUUUUGGUGAUGUUUUGCAGACUUCUUCAGUUCCUCCAACUUCACCACGGCGGUGAAUUGAUUCAAACAAAUUCGGUAAUUAUGAUGAGACAGCUUUAU